AUGGGCAAUCUCUGCUCCAAAUCAGCAAACAAGCCCGACGCAUUCCCAGGCCAAGGUCGAGUCGUCGGCACCUCCUCCUCACAACCCGCAUCCUCCGCGCCCCUCCCCCGGAAAAUAACAUCGAACUCACCCGGCAAACCUCUCGGAGGCAGCAGCGUCAACAGUGGUGGAAACUUGGACGGGGCAGCCUCCGAUCCUCGAAGCGCAGCUGCCAAAGCCGCGGAAGAACGUGCGAAAGCGGCCUCAAGAGGAACGUCUGGUGGCAAGCUGUCCGCGCAGCUGGAAGCGCAAAAGAAGCAGACGAGGAGUGAGUUGUUGGCUGCUGGGUCGAAGGAGGAGCAGCAGGCAAGGGCUGCGGAUGCGGUGGCUGAGGCGCGGAAUUACAACUAA